AUGAAGACUUCUGUCGCUGUUUCUCUUCUUCUCGCCGCUGCGGCCGAGGCUCGAUUCGGCCAAGAGCAAGGCAACGGAGCCAUUGCCGCGAUUGGGGCUUUGACAGACCUGGGACAACCUGGACAGGCCGCCACCCUGGCCGGCACUGCCAUCCAGUUCCUCCUUGCUGCUGCCAACCCCUGUGGCAAGCUCACCCACGCAGAUCUCAUCAUCUCCCAGCUGGGCACCAGCGACGCUGCCGUUGCCGCAGCCCGCGGCCUUGUUGCGGCUGAGCAAAACUUCAACCCGUUUGUGGUCAGCAUCCCUUCCAUCUGCUCGGAUCCUACCCUGCCAAAGUCUUCCCAGCUCCGCGGUGUUGUUCCCUUGAUCGACCCUGCGGUUGUCGGGUCGGAUCUCGAGAACAAGAAUGCAGCAGCUUCCAAGACCAAGCCGUUUGCGGCCAACGGCCUUAGCGUUGCCCAAGUCAUGGUUCAGAAUGGCUUCUCAAACUUUACGGCUGUUGCUUUGGACGGCACCAAGCAGAAUGCCUCGGGAGGAUCGGCGGCGGGAUCGUCUGCUAUCACUGUGGUAAACAACCAAGGAUGCAACAGUAUCGCUCUCCCGACUACCAUGAUUACUGUCACAAGGACCGCUGUUGUGACCUCUGUGGCGACUGCUCAGGCUUCCAGUGCGCCGGCUUCAUCUGGCAACGCCUCUUCGGGCAAUGCUUCUUCUGGCAACGUCGCCCAGGCCGGAAGCUGCACCGGCGGCGGCAGCACUUUGGUGUGCUCGUCUCCCGGGAAAGGCUCUGGAGCCGUCAAGAACGCCGUCACCGGCAACUUUGACGGCUUUGUGGCUUCGACCAUUGCAGGCCUGGACUUUGGACUCUGCGUCCCCACCAUGAAAUUCGAGGCUGGUCUCAACGGACGGUCCACCACCGAGUUUACCUUUCAGGCAAUCGACCCCCUUGUCAACAAGGGCCAGCAGGAGGCGCUCAACCCCAACAUCAUCACCAACCGGAUCCACGACCAGCUCACCAAUGUGUGUGGAGCCAAUGCGGCGGCAAAGGCUGCCGUUGCAGACGCCCAAGCCAAGAUUGCGGCCUUGGGAACCAGGAAUGCCGAUACGGCCAACACGUGGAACUCGCUUCUUGGUUUUGCAAACACCAACAUCAACCCCGACAAUGCUCCCCAGACUGGCCUGGUUGGUCACACCUAA